GCGGGCGGAGACGGGCGCGCCGCUCUGCUUUUGUCUGGCGUUGAUGACGGAGCGGUCAGCGAAUACCAGGACGGAGCGUGUAGGAGUGAGAACAUUAAUAGAAGAAGAGGAAUGUCACAACUGGUGUGGCCGGUGUGGCCAGUGUGGCCGGUGUGGCAGGUGUGGCUCAUGGUCCUGGCCCACGUGACAAGUGCCACUAUCAUACAGCCUCAACAUUCCGGCCGUCUUAUUUGUGGAACUGUGGAAAUUACUGGGAACGCGAGCCUACUGGAGAAGUACCAGGAAUGUGGCAUAAUUGAGGGUCACCUGAGAAUACAGCUCAUCGAGGACCUCAACCUCACCUGGCCUCUCUUGGGCCUCCCCAACCUCACACAGGUGACGGGGUACGUGCUGCUGUACCGGUUGUCCCAUCUGCAGACGCUGCGUGACCUGCUCCCGCGCCUCUCCGUAAUCAGGGGAGACUCCCUCUUCCACGGCCACGCCCUCGUCGUCUUCGGUAACACAUACCUUCGAGAGGUCGGGCUGAACAGCUUAACCCACAUCCUGCGAGGUUCCGUCAGGCUGGAGAAGAAUUGGUUGUUGUGUCCGGGCCCCGACCUCACCUGGCGCCGCCUCACUUCCACACCCCAUCACAACGUCAUACAGGAUAACUACGGGAUGUGUAUCUACAGUGAGUGUGAGGAGCGAGGCAACUGCUCCACGCAGCCUACUCCGCUACACACAUACUGCACCCAGCAUGGCUACUGCUACCAAGGAGAGGAGUGCCACCAGGAGUGUGUGGGAGGGUGCCACGCCCCCCACAACGCCUCCUCCUGCGUCGCCUGCAGGAACUACCUCCACCACCACACCUGUGUACAACACUGUCCCCCCUCCUCACCUGCCAACGUCCACCAUCUUGGGUACCGGUGUGUGAGUGAGGAGUCUUGCACCCGGGGCGGCUGGAGCCUUCACACACAAGAGGACACAGAGGAAGGACCGGCCAGGCGCCUUUGUGUCCGCUGUCAUGGAGGCAGGUGCAGUGAGUGGUGCAAGGGAGCGACCAUCACCAGCGAGGACCCCGGGCGCUCACUGCGGGCCUGCCAGAGGGUGGAUGGCAGCCUCAACAUCUCCGUCGCUGGCGGCUGGAACCUGACGCAGCAGCUGGAGGAGAACCUGCAGCAUCUACAGGAGGUGACGGGUUACAUCCGCGUCUACGGCUCUAACACACUCUUCUCCCUUAACUUCCUUAGUAAUCUACGGGUUAUCGGAGGCCAGGAGCUAGUGCACGGCAAGUAUGCACUGUAUGUGCUGGAGAACGAGAACCUGCAGCAGCUGUGGGACUGGGAGCAGCGUAACCACACCCUCAGGAUCGCUCGAGGGACUCUCUUCUCCCGGUACAACCCGAGCCUGUGUCCCAGACUCGUGCACCAGCUGGCCAACAUCACCGGCGUGGGGCCCCUCCAGGACGACCUCGCCUCUGCCGGCGACCAUACUCCUCCCUACUGUGGGAGAGAGUGUUCAUGGAGUACAACAAGCAACAGGAGAAGAUGGUCACAGUAAAGGGUCUGAAGCCAUACACUCGCUACGCUCUCUACGUCUCCGUCUACUACAUCGACGCUAAGAGCGCCACCCGCUCCGCCAUCCUCUACGCCAGGACCCGGGCCAGCAACCCGUCACCUGUGAGGGAGCUGCAGGUAAGCCAGCCAGGUUCCUCUCACCUGGUCUUCACCUGGCUUAUGCCGUCUUCACCAAACGGCCAGAUUACUCUGUACGAGGUCAAGUAUCAGAGGGUGCAGCGACUACCCCUACACCCCGCCUACGCUCAGGCGUGUAGUGAGGACUACGAGCCUCCUAGUAGAGUGGCCAAGGUCAACGUGGCCCAGGAGACGACGACCAACACCCAGCCUACGGGGCCAGGGGGCGCCGCCCAGCGUCAGCAGGGAGGGGAAAGUGGUCUCUCUGACGAGGGCGGGGAGAGGAGCCUCUCUCGUGUACAAGGCUCCAGGAAAGAGUGCUGUGCCUGCCCCCCGUCCUACUCCGUCGUCUCCAAAGAAGACAGACAAUAUGAUAUUGAGUUUGAGAACUACUUGAGAAGAGCUAUGUAUUCCAAGGUGGAGAAGAAAGAGGAUGGUAGCGAGGCAUCAGAGUCACGAAGAGCAUCCUUGGGUGGCAGCAGGAGACGCAGCCGCCAGCGCAGCCAGGCUGUUGUGGUGGGCGAGGAGCCCUCAACCACAACGGUGUGGAGCUCCCUGGAGCCCUCAGGCAGCACCGUGUGGAGCUCCCGGGGCUCAGUCGGGGAAAUUCCUGUACUCUACUACAAAAGGGAGGAGACGAAGCCGAGUGAAGACUCGUCCCGCUACGGCGUGAGAGACGCGAGGAGUGAGUCCCGGGGGAAGGCGAGGAGGGAGUCUCCCAGGUACUCCUUGCUGGGACCUCCUCUGACUGCUGACAACCACACGGAGGAGAGCCACUGGACCAGGACGACCACCACCACUGUCAACAUCACUGGGCUCCACUACUUCACUCAAUACAAGAUGUGGGUGAGGGCGUGUCAGGCAGUCGUGGAUGAUCGAGCACUCUGUAGUGAGUGGCAGAGUGUUGAGGCCACCACUCUACCUGACAGGACCCGGAACAACAUACUUCAGUUCUGGGCAGAAGUGGAAACAGCACCGAGCUCCGAGGGCGACGAGCGGCAACAGAAGGAGCCGGAGGAGGCAGCUUUAGACCCUAGGAUGGAAACUAAUGUCACAAACUCCUCUGACUCCCUUCGUGACAUCAUUACCAGUGCCACCACCUCUCCCUCAACCAGUGCCACCACCUCUCCCUCAACCAGUGCCACCACCUCACCCUCAACCAGUGCCACCACCUCUCCCUCAACCAGUGCCACCACCUCUCCCUCAACCAGUGCCACCACCUCUCCCUCAACCAGUGCCACCACCUCACCCUCAACCAGUGCCACCACCUCUCCCUCAACCAGUGCCACCACCUCUCCCUCAACCAGUGCCACCACCUCUCCCUCAACCAGUGCCAUCACCUCUCCCUCAACCAAUGCCACCACCGCUCCCACAACCAGUGCCAUCACCUCUCCCUCAACCAGUGCCACCAAUGCUCCCUCAACCAGUGCCACCAAUGCUCCCUCAACCAGUGCCACCAAUGCUCCCUCAACCAGUGCCACCAAUGCUCCCACAACCAGUGCCACCACCGCUCCCACAACCAGUGCCACCAAUGCUCGCACAACCAGUGCCACCACCGCUCCCACAACCAGUGCCCCCCGCACAGUGCCAGGCACCACCGUCCUGCUGAGCUGGGAGCCACCACGUGAUCCAAAUGGUCCUCCCCUGGCUUACCUCCUCCAGUACUCCCACAGUGAGGCUCCUCAGGGCAAGACCAUGGUGGAGGCGUGCGUGCUGGAGGAGGAGGCUCGCGCAGCCGGCUACAGGUACCGGCUAGAUGGCCUCCAGCCGGGCACAACAUACCACCUGGGCAUCAAGUUGCGGUCUCUGGGAGCCGACGGUCACUACACUACCAGGAUCAUCAAGAUCCCAGGAACAUAUUGGUUAUGGACCUUCAUGAGCGCUUUCGUGUGUGGCGGUGUGCUGGGGGUCUGUAUGAUGACAGUCCUCACCUGCCACAGGCGCCGCAGACUGGCCUCUCACCUCCACACUCCCCAGUACGUCACCCACAACCCCAACUAUGGAGAACUGUUGCUGGGUGACACGCUGGAGCAGAUCAGAGAGAAGUACGUCAUCAAGAGUGAGGCCCUGGAGGUCAACCUUGAGCACCUGCUGGGCGAGGGAUGUUUCGGCUUGGUGUACAAAGGUGUUCUGAGCACGGAGCCUGGGGCGGAGGUGAAGGUGGCGGUGAAGGUCCUCAAUGACAAGGCCACCUACUCCGACGUCAAGCGCUUCCUGCAGGAGGCAGUUGUCAUGCAAGACAUCAACUCCAACUUCGUGGUACGUCUGGUGGGAGUGGUGGCCAACUUCCCCCCCAUAUAUGUUGUCAUGGAGCUGAUGGAGAGAGGCGACCUCAAGUCCUUCCUCCGGACUGAGUCUGGUGGCACACUCACAGAGAUGAAAAUGGUGGAGAUGGCAGCGGAGGCCGCCGACGGGAUGUCGUACCUGGCGGCCAAGAAGCUGGUGCACAGGGACCUGGCCGCCCGCAACUGUAUGCUGGACGCUAACCUCACCCUCAAGAUUGGUGACUUUGGCUUCACCAGGUACCUCAAGACCGACUACUAUAGGAAACAAGGCUGGGGUCUCCUGCCAGUGAGGUGGAUGGCUCCGGAGUCCCUCCAGUAUGGUCGCUACUCCUCCAGGUCCGACGUGUGGAGCUACGGCGUCCUGCUGUGGGAGAUUGUCACCAGAUGCGCCUUUCCCUACGAGGGGUAUGUGAAUGAAGAAGUAUGUGCCAUGGUAAUAUCUGGCUUGCGCCUGGAGUGCCCAGAUAAGGGGCCAGAGUUCCUCUUCUCCCUCAUGCAGCAGUGCUGGAAGAGUCAGGCCAAGGAGCGCCCUACGUUUAUACAGCUUGUGCGCCUCUUGCUGCCCAGGACCUCCAGAAGCUAUCUGGCGUACUUCGAGCGGGUGUCGUUCUUCCACAGCUGGAGGUGCUGCGACUCUGAGAGCACUGAGGACAACGACGAAGGCUUCAUAGCGAGCGGUUCCCUCGACCCCAGCCUGGAGGAGGCCGAGCACUGCUUCACCAGCUCGGCCUCGCCGCACCAGCCCCACGACCUCGACCACCACGACCCCGACCACCACGACCACUACGACCACUCACAUGUCGACGACAUUGGUGCUGACGACGACCUGGUUUGUCUGACGCCGGAGGAGCCGUACAAGAGGACGCCUUGUGUGUCCCUGGCCUGCAUCAUGAGUGCUCACAGCGGCCCCGCCCUCCACCUCACACCCUCCAGGGACCUAGCACACAAGCCCACCCACUGCUUCUCCCACUACUGAUCCCCGACACAGUCUUCACCCUCAGGAGCACCUCUACCACCAUCCCUCAUACUCCACUCAACGCUGGCAACCCCAUCAUACGAGCUGACAACGAAUAUUAAUUAUAGUUUCCUUCAUAUAUAUAUAUAUAUA